AUGGGGAGUAUAGGAGAAGGAGGAAUGAUUAGUGGAAGAACUGAGAUCACUGAGAUGAAGAAAAUGAUGAUCGAAAUGAAUCGGGAAAAGAUAGAAUUCCCAACAUGCAUAAAUAAUAAAGUGGGACCAGUACUUAAAAUUGAAAGAUUUAUUGAUAGCAGUCAACAAUGUGUAUUGGAAUGGAGCAGGAAGUUCCGAAUGAUAGUUAAACAUUGUAAAUUAAGUGAUAACGAAGCAAUAGAUUAUUUAUAUUUAUUACUAGAUGAUAGGUAUCAUAAAUUAAUAGAACAUAAAAGAAGAUUAGAGAAUUGCUUAGAAGAACUAGCAAGAGAGUCGUAUAAUCCUAGUAGAUUUAGUAUGAUUCACGAGAGUUUAAAAAGAUUAAAAGUAGGAAGAAAUAUGAAUGUAUUAGAAUAUUAUUUAAAAUAUAAAGAAUUAGUGGGAGAAUCUGAUCUUUGUGUACCUCCUCGUGAAAGAUUUACAGAGAGAGAGCUUACUGACUUAUUUGUCCAAGGUUUACCAAGAUGGAUGGCAAUUGAAUUUAUCAGAUUAGGGUAUGCAAGUAUUGAAGAAAAGGCACACAUUUUGAGACAGUUAGAAAGUCAACAUACUUAUUCGUUUAAGGAUGAAAGAAAGCAAAGUAAAUGGUGUGAUUAUCAUAAAUCACAUUUCCACAGUAAUGAAGAAUGUAAAACACAAAACGAUAAAUCUAAUAAAGAGAAAAAGGAAUUUGAUAAAAGAUCAGAUAAAUCUAUUGGUGUGAUAACUGAACCGGGAACCAACUUAGAAGAAAUAAGCUUAGGAUGUAAAAUUAAUGGAUAUCAGGAUACAAAGGCUUUAAUAGACACAGGUGCUAGACAAACCUUUGUUAAUGAAAAUUUGAUUAGAGGAAUUGGAUUAGAAACUAAUCGAAUCAGUAGAAUUGUUAAAGUAGCUGAUGGAAAGGAGAUACAACUUACAGAGGAAUGUGAGUUGAAGGUAAGUUUUGACCAUUCACCAAAUGUAGAAUAUAAGAUAACAGCAACAAUAUUCCCAAAUUUGACACAUGGAAUUAUUUUGGGAAUGGAAUUCAUAAGGGAAAAUAAUGUAAUUUUAGACUUAGGAAGUGGAUUAAUUAAAAUUGAUAACAAGUAUUUUGAAAUACCUGGUUGGAGUUUUGAAGAAAAAGAAAGUCCUGAUAAAAUAAUGAGUACAGAUGUUAGAACUAUUAGUGAAGUAGAAACCAGAAUUUCAGAAGUAAUUAAAGAAUUUAAAUUAAGAAAUCCAGAAUUUGGUUUAUUAAAAGGUUUUGAUCAUAGAAUAAUGUUAACUAAUAAAGAACCUAUUCAGAUGAAAUAUUAUCCAAUACCCUAUGCGUUAUAUGAUGGGUUAAAAGAGGAAUUAGCAGAAUUAGAAAGAAAUAAAGUUAUAAGAAAAAGUAAUUCUCAUUAUGGAUUACCAAGCUUUGUAAUUAAGAAACCCAAUGGAAAAGUACGUUUAAUCACAAAUUUUAUAAAAUUGAAUGAUAUAACUGUGAAGGAAGUAUAUCCCUUCCCUGACAUGAAUGAUUUGUUAUUAGGAUUAGAAAAAGCUGAAUAUUUUUCACAAAUUGAUCUUGAUAGGGGAUUUUAUCAAAUAGAAAUUGCUGAAGAAGACAGAUUUAAAACAGGAUUCGUUUUGCCAUAA